AUGGACAAGCCCCUGCUUUUGGGACUCCCCCUCCUGCUCAGCUGCCUUAGAAGACUCCAAGCCGACUUCCCAUCUCAAAGGGGAGGCGGGUUUUCUCGUGGCAGCGGGAGGUCGCUUCUCAUUUCCAUUCCUGGUUUCCCGGCCCCAAUGACAGAAAUCAUUCAGUGUAGGAUGUGCCACUUGCAGUUUCCAGGAGAGAGGUGUUCCAGAGGCAGAGGAAUAUGCUCUGCUACAGAAGAUGAGAGUUGCACGACUGGGAGGAUUUUCAAGAAAGAUGGGACUCUGUGGUUAACCUUCAUGGGCUGCCUGAAAAACUGUGCUAAUGUGGACAAAAUAAAAUGGAGUGUCUACUUGGUGAACUUCAGGUGCUGCAGGGGCUAUGACCUAUGCAAUGAAACCCUGUAG